AUGUUUGAACUGAGGCUGGUUCAAGGGAGUUUGCUAAAGAAAGUUCUUGAAUCCAUCAAGGAUUUGGUGAAUGAUGCGAAUUUCGAUUGUUCUUCUACCGGAUUCUCACUCCAGGCCAUGGAUUCCAGUCACGUUGCCUUGGUGGCCCUUCUUCUCCGAUCGGAGGGUUUCGAGCACUACCGCUGCGACCGCAAUGUCACCAUGGGCAUGAACUUGGCCAAUAUGGCUAAGAUGCUAAAAUGUGCCGGAAAUGAUGACAUCGUCACUAUCAAGGCUGAUGACGGAACUGACACCGUCACCUUCAUGUUUGAAAGCCCUUCUCAAGACAAGAUAUCAGACUUUGAAAUGAAGCUUAUGGAUAUUGAUAGCGAGCAUCUUGGGAUUCCAGAAGCUGAAUAUGAAUCCAUCUUAAGGAUGCCAUCAGCUGAGUUCGCAAGAAUUUGCAAAGAUCUCAGCAGCAUUGGGGACACUGUUGUAAUAUCUGUCACUAAAGAAGGUGUGAGGUUUUCAACAAGAGGCGACAUUGGUGCAGCAAACAUCGUUUGCAGGCAGAACACGACAGUGGAUAAGCCACAUGAAGCCACCAUCAUUGAAAUGCAAGAACCUGUUACAUUGACCUUUGCCCUGAGGUACAUGAAUUCAUUUGCCAAGGCCACCCCACUUUCUGAGCAAGUUACUAUUAGCUUGUCCUCUGAUCUGCCAGUGGUAGUUGAAUACAAAGUUGCCGAGAUGGGCCAUAUCAGGUUUUACUUGGCUCCUAAGAUAGAAGAGGAGGAGGAGGCCGCUGAACCAGCUCCUGUGCAAACCAAAUCUAAGGAAACCAGGUCAAAAAAGGAGAACAAGCCAAAGGUAGAAACUGCGCAUGUGGAAGCAAUGAGGGAAGAGGAGGAGGCAAGCAAGCCUAAAGAGGAAUAUCUACUAUUGGAAGGUCUUAAGGAUGAAGAAUGCAAGCUGCAAGUGAAGCCUAAAGAGGAACGUCAAGCUUGA